GGCGCGGCGCUGCUUUGAAGACAGUUUACAGUUGGCUGGCGUGCGGGUAACGGUACUGGAAAGAGGGGAAAGUGCGCUUGUGAAGCUCAAUCCAGGGCCGCAACCCGCUCUGCCUAACCCCUCCAGUCCCCAAACCGUUCACCACAGCGUGCGGCGUCAGUUGGCGUUGCCGCGAAGAGAACAUGGGUGAAUUGUGUCGCGUGGCUGUUUUAAUAUGCGGUGCUUGUGCAGCUGUUACUGUUUUCGGAGCCGGGAAUGUUAGUGGCAACCCUAGCAUGUCAGUUGCAGCGGCCAGACCGCCCCACGACCGCGCCGUGGUGUGCUACGUGGCCGCGUGGGCCGGCUACCGACCCGGCAGGGGGGCCUUCGCCCUGGACGACCUCGACCCGGCGCUCUGCACCCACCUGGUGUACGCGUUCGCCGGCCUCAACAUCACCAGCAACAGCAUCCGGAGCCUCGACCCCUACCACGACCUGGAGGAGAACUACGGGAAAGGUUCGUACAAGAAGAUGACCAACUUGCGCAGUCGGUUCCCCCACCUGAAGGUGACCAUUGCAAUCGGCGGCUGGAACGAAGGCUCGGCCAACUACUCGAUACUAGCGGCUGAACCAGGCAGGCGGCAGGUUUUCAUCGCCAGCACUGUCAAGUUCAUACAAGAGCACGGGUUCGACGGCCUGGACCUGGACUGGGAGUUCCCCGGCAAGAGAGGCGGAUCUCCGAGCGACAAGCAGAACUUUGUCCAGCUGGUGAAGGAGCUGCGGCAGGAGUUCGACAGGCACGGGUGGCUGCUGACAGCCGCGCUGGGGGCCGCGGAGGACACCAUCGACGGGGGAUACGACGUGCCGCAGCUCAGCCAGCACCUGGACUUCCUGCACGCCAUGUGCUACGACUACCACGGCACCUGGGACAAGCGCACCGGGGCCAACGCCCCGCUCCGCCCGCUCUUCCCCGGGGACAAGCUCAACGUGGAGUACAGCAUCAAGUACUUCCUGAAGCUGGGAGUGCCGCCCAGGAAGCUUAUAAUGGGCAUGCCACUCUAUGGGCGGACCUUCCUCGUCGAAGGACAGUCGCAAGGCAGCGGCUUGGGAGAGACCGCCCUGGAAACCAGCUUCCAAGGACCUUACACGCGAGAGAAUGGGUUCAUGGGCUACAACGAGAUUUGUGAAGAACUUGGAAACAAUCACACAGAAUGGCAGAUUCACUGGGAUGACAAAUCUGAAACGCCGUAUGCAGUGUCCGGGAACAAAGUUAUUGCUUAUGAUGAUGAACGCAGUUUGACAGAAAAGGUGAAAUUUGCCAUGAGGAACGACAUUGGCGGCGUGAUGGCGUGGUCCAUCGACACGGACGACUUCCACGGAGACUGCAAGCGCUACCAGGCGGACGACAACGCCAUCAAGAUCAGCUACCCCCUGAUGCGCAGCGUGAACAAGGCGAUCACGGAGACGCUGGCGGAGAUGGAGAACGAGGUGGUCACCCGCAAGGAGAAGGAGAGAGAGAAGGAGAGGGAGAAAGCCCACAACGCGGAGCAGCCGGGCAGCGGAGUCGUCGCCACGACCACGGCAGUGCCGUGCCUGCUGGCUGCCUGCCUGUGCUUGUCUCGCAUGCACUGAAGCCACCUGCGGACAAGCCCCUUCGAACAUUCCGUCUUCCUCCGUCGCAAGUUCAGUAGCGUUGAGCCCGUCUCACCUGCUGUUAUAUUUGAGGGCUUUUCCUGUAAAUUUAUCACAAUAGCUCUCUUGUAGUCAGGGGCGUAGCCAGGGCGGAGGUUUUAGGGGUUCAAACCCCCCCCCCCCCCCCCUUACCACCAAAUCUUUAAUUAAUUUCUUAUUCAUCACUCAAAACAAAUUUCAUAUUAAAAUUAAUAAAAUUUUUACCAUUACAAUAUUUAAAUUUAAGUACCGAAAACUGCUAAAAUAGCGCUAUUUUAAACCUUAAAAUCCAAAUUUUCCCAGGGGGGGGGGGGGAUGCUUCUUAACACCCCCCCAUACACAAAUCCUGGCUACGCCACUGCUUGUAGUUGCUGUUGGGUAGCAAAAUUUCUCACUAAUUUCCUGUUUACUGGUUAUUUUCGAACUGUGAACAUUUGCUCGACUCUUUACAGCUACAGUUGAGUCUCAAUGAAUCAAGUUAAUGUGGCCCACAGCAAACUCGGAUAAGCAAAAUCUUGGAUGACACUGGUAUGAUUUGAAAAAAGUCAUGUUUUCAGUUGGUCCAGUGAUAUCAUUUGCAUCACUGAAGUUAAUUUCAUCAAAGCUCUCAACAAUGUUUAGAUCAUUUUCUAGGUCAUACAAAUGUUUCAACAGUCUUUGUCAGUAGGCGUAAUGGCGCCUCAGGUCGGCUUGGAUAAUACAGAAACUUGGUUAGUUAAAACUCUUCUGUGUUUGUGUUUGUUAAUAUCUGUAUGGAUAAUUUAGAAGAAACAUUAAAUUCAAGACUGGUAUCGUGACAAAUUUUGCAGGAUAAUCUCUUUAAUAAUAUAUAGUUAUGACAAGAAAAAGAAAUACAUAACCAACUUUGCAUGUGAGACAGAGCCUUAACGUGGCGCUCUUGAAAAAGACAGCAGUGAACCAGUUUGACACAGCAAUUCAAGUGUUAUCUCAAGUAAAUUAUAAGAGAAUUUUUUUAUGAUUUCCAUAAACCAUUUUUGCUGUGCAUCUCUUGAAUACAGUGCCAAGUGAAUCCGAUAAGCUUGCCCCAGAAAUGUUGUGCAUAUUAUGCGUCCUGCAAUGUUUCAAUGGAAUAAAAUUUUUUUUUAUAAAA